AUGACGCUGUCAACAAGUAAACCAGUUUGCGUAGAAGGAUUUUCUGUUGGGUCGAAUGGUGCUGCAGUGACGGUUGACAGCAGUGCUGGUACAGAACUGGAAGACCUGACCCUGACGUUUGCAGAUGAGGACCCUUUCGGCCAUGCACUGUGUACUGGCAGUGCUGGUCCAGAACUAGAAGACCUGACUAUGGCCUUUACAGAUGAGGACGAUGUAGGCAAUGCGGUGUGUGCUGGCAGUGAAAUCAUCUGGCAGGUGAAGCUCGAGGCCAUGGUCGAUUUGACAGAAGAAAGUUGA